CUGGACAAGAGACAAGAUAAGACUUUCAUCAUCUUGAAUAGUGUUAAUUUUAAGCUUUGUUUCUAUGUAAUUUUUACUAGUAACUUAAUCUUAAAUUUACUACAGAAUAUUUUUAAUCUCUAUUUGUACUUCUGCAUUAUUAUGUGAUGGGGAGUGAAGAAAGUGGAAGAAACCAAGAGUCAAUUGAACACUUGGUAAGAGAAUAGAGGGGAAAACUUGAAUGCCUGAUCCUAAAAAGCAGCUAAGAGGUAGGGGGAAGGGGACACACACGAUGAACUUGUCCCUGGAGCAGCUUUAAGGCAAAAUCUCCGUGCUGCUACAAGCCAGCUGAUUUUUUUUUCAUAGGGUUCUAAAAGAUGGUCAGACAGAUUUGGGAAAAGCUGGCGGGAGGAGCUCCAAGCUUCUGUAACUGGACUGCUGCGUGGGGCAAUGAGACCUUGGUGGAAAAGAAUAACCAGGGACUGUCUUGAACAAAACCUGAGUGAUUUACAUGCAUAUGUUAGAUGCAGAAUUUGUGUCUGUAUGUUUAUAUCCCUGGCAUACUAAUAAACUCUGUAAACUGAAAUGCCUUGACACCAGGACUUAUUUAAGCAAACCCCCAUUCUGAUCCGACUCAGCUUUGCUUAUGACUUCCAUCUGGUCUCUGACCUAAGUCUUCAGAGGUAGAAGUCCAGUGGACUAAUCAUUACAUCUGUUACCACUUCACUUAUGUUUUACUACUUGUUUACAAAUACAGAAAAAUUACACUCCCAAACUACUUGUCUGUUAGGAAUUAUGAAGCCAUGGUAGCAACUCCAUAGUUAAGAUUGUAACCAGCUUUUUAUUAUAUUCUUCACCUUAACAAAAUAAAAUCACUGUACUUAACAUUUCUUCUGUAUAGACUUCUUCCAGAAGAUCUUUCUAUAAUAUUUGGCAAUCAGGAAAAGGAAUUAAUGAGGUGACUCUGAAAAAUCAGAGGUAUUAAUGAAUAAUAGCUAUCCAUCAAUGACUGAUCCCUAUUUGUCCAAUUAUUAUCCACCAUCUAUUGGGUUUCCCUAUUCUCUCAGUGAAGCACCGUGGUCUACUGGAGGAGAUCCUCCUAUCCCAUACCUCACCACCUAUGGACAGCUCAGUAAUGGAGACCAUCAUUUUAUGCAUGAUGCUGUUUUUGGACAGCCUGGGGGUCUGGGAAAUAACAUCUAUCAACACAGAUUUAAUUUUUUCCCUGAAAAUCCUGCUUUCUCAGCUUGGGGAACAAGUGGAUCCCAAGGACAGCAGACUCAAAGUUCAGCUUAUGGGAGCAGUUACAGCUACCCACCUAGUUCACUGGGUGGUACUAUUGUGGAUGGACAAACAGGAUUUCAUAAUGAUACUUUGAAUAAAGCACCUGGAAUGAAUAGUAUUGAACAGGGAAUGGUUGGACUUAAGAUUGGUGGAGAUGUAACAACUUCUGCUGUGAAAACAGUAGGUUCUGUUGUCAACAAUGCCGGAAUGACAGGUGCUCUUCCUGGUAAUGGUGGAUCCAGUGUAAACUUGCCAGUAUCUAAACCAACCUCUUGGGCUGCUAUUGCCAGCAAGCCUGCAAAACCACAACCUAAAAUGAAAACAAAAACUGGGCCGGUAAUUGGAGGAGCUUUACCUCCACCACCUAUAAAACAUAAUAUGGACAUAGGUACUUGGGAUAAUAAGGGUCCUGUGGCAAAAGUUCCUGCUCCCCAGCAGAUCCCAUCUCCUCAGUCUGUCCCACAGCAACAAAUGGUUCAGCCUAUUCCAGCUCAACCUCCUCCAUUGACCCAGCCACAGUAUCAAAGUCCUCAGCAACCACCCCAAAACCGCUGGGUGGCUCCCCGCAACAGAAAUGCAGCUUUUGGCCAAAGUGGAGGAACUGGUAAUGAUAGCAACUCAACUGGCAGUACCCAGCCUAACUCUGUCCCAAGUGGCGAAUCCCAUCCCGUUCUUGAAAAACUGAAAGCUGCUCAUAGCUAUAACCCGAAAGAUUUUGAAUGGAAUCUUAAAAAUGGACGUGUGUUCAUAAUAAAGAGCUAUUCUGAGGAUGAUAUUCAUCGUUCCAUUAAAUAUUCUAUUUGGUGUAGCACAGAACAUGGCAACAAACGCUUGGACAGCGCUUUCCGAUCCAUGAAUAGUAAGGGCCCGGUCUACUUACUAUUCAGUGUUAAUGGUAGUGGACAUUUCUGUGGAGUAGCAGAAAUGAAAUCACCUGUGGACUAUGGCACUAGUGCUGGCGUCUGGUCUCAGGACAAAUGGAAGGGGAAAUUUGAUGUCAAAUGGAUCUUUGUGAAGGACGUGCCCAACAACCAGCUCCGACACAUCAGGCUGGAGAACAAUGACAACAAACCAGUUACAAACUCCCGUGACACACAGGAGGUGCCCUUAGAAAAAGCAAAACAAGUGCUUAAAAUUAUUGCUACUUACAAGCACACAACCUCCAUCUUUGAUGACUUUUCCCAUUAUGAAAAGCGCCAAGAAGAGGAGGAGGUGGUGCGGAAGGAACGGCAGAAUCGAAACAAACAAUAAGAAUAAACGUAUACAAUUUGCUAUAUAUAAUAGAACUGAUAUUAAAUUCGACUAUGAAAAACAAAUCUUAAAACGUAAUCUGGUGCUAUAUCCUGGCAUCAGGACAAACUAAAGCUUUCAGCUCCAAUAUUUCUUCUCGUGCAGGGGGAAUUAAGUUGUUGCAUCUUUAAGUACAUUGUAGUUUGUUUUUGCCCAGGUGGAUCUGCAUUAAUUUGUAUCUUUUCUAUGUAAAAUGCUAUAGAAUCCAUUAAUAAAGGUGUAUCUGUUUUUUAUUUUUUAAGUUAGUAAACAAUUAUACUGACCUAAUAUGGAACUAUAAAUGAGCAUCCUAAAAAUGUCAGUGUUUCCCAAAGACUUUAUUUUGGCACAAAUUAUGUUCCUAUUCUGAUAUUCACCAUAAUUUUGUAUAUGACAGAAUUUCUCUCCUCUUCAUCCCAAACCCUGUUUCUUCAUCGCAAUCAUAAGAAACCAUUGAGUUUUAUCACUUUAAGAAUGUUGUUUAAGAGAAAUACUGCAUUCAGAAUAUUGAAAUAAAUUGAAUUUAAGAUCACUUUUUAAUUUAAUUAUACAAUUAUACUUUUAAAAAUGCGAACAUGCCACUUUGAUUUUUUCUGUCUCAAAGAAAAUCAAAUUGUCAGUGAAAUUGUUUAACUCUGAAAAUAUUUCCCUUUCACAUUCUGUUAACCAGUGCUUCAGUGUGCAUUUGUUCUACCCAUAUCCUGCAGAGAGUUAGUGAGAUGCUUUCUCUCAGCCAUAAUUCUGCUUUAUUGUUUUUGUAGCUUAAUAAUUAAAUAAUAAUGUAAAUGCUAUCAACAUUGCAGGGUUUUUGGACAAUGUGUUUAAACCUGUUUCAGCUUUCAGGUGUUUAGUUAAUUGCAGAUCAUUUUUAAUCUUUCCCUUUCUUUUCCCCCCAAAAUCCCAAUGCCAUUUAAAGUUUUUAUACCAAUAAUGCUGAGCUUUAACGUAGAAACUAAUAGUAUGGACAAUAUGAUGGAUUAUGCCUCAGAUGUUUAAAAUUGACUGUGUAUGUCUAAUUUUUUUUCUGUUGGAUGAGUAAAAAAAAAUGUUUUAAGAAACUGAAUUUGCUGUCAUGUUUUUGUGGAAUAAGGGAACCGUUGAAGAACUCGUCACCAACUGGAGUUUCAAUUAAGCAUGAAAAUUGUGCUCAUGCCUGUUGCUCUAGCACACUGAAUCUGCACGUGUUUAUUGUAGAGGAUCUUUUACUAUAUUAGAAAGCAAAUAUCGUCUUCUGAAAACUAUUUACUCCAAAAGGACCUCUGAUUUAAAUAAAGUUUAAGCUGUAUCAUUUAGACUUGUAUUUAGAACGUAUAACUUUGUCUCUGGACUGUCACUGCCUGUAAGGACUCAUGGACAGCAUCAGAUUAACUUUUUUCCUCUAGGAGAAUACAAGCCUUAAUAAACAAUACAUAUUUAGCAA